CUCAUUGGCUGAGGGGCCUGAGGCGAUAGAUACCGGAAAGGGGAAGAGCAGCCAACAUGGCGGCGGAGCGCGGCGCGGGCCAGCAACAGUCGCAGGAGAUGAUGGAGGUUGACAGGCGGGUGGAAUCGGAAGAGUCGGGCGAUGAAGAAGGGAAGAAGCAGAGCAGCGGGAUGGUGGCCGACCUCAGUGCGCACAGCCUGAAGGAUGGAGAGGAGCGGGGGGAAGAGGACCCAGAAGGUACCAGGCCGAAAGGACAAGAGCUGCCUGUGGAUAUGGAAACCAUUAACCUGGACAGAAAUGCAGAGGACGUUGAUUUGAAUCAUUAUCGCAUUGGAAAGAUUGAAGGGUUCGAGGUGCUGAAGAAAGUGAAGACUCUCUGCCUCCGUCAAAAUUUAAUUAAAUGCAUUGAGAAUCUAGAGGAGCUACGGAGUCUUCGAGAGCUGGAUCUUUAUGACAACCAAAUCAAGAAGAUUGAGAACCUGGAGGGACUGACAGAGCUGGAGAUUCUAGAUAUUUCUUUUAAUCUACUGAGAAACAUUGAAGGAAUUGAUAAGUUGACACGACUGAAAAAGCUCUUCUUGGUCAACAAUAAAAUCAAUAAAAUUGAGAACAUAAGCAGCUUACAUCAACUGCAGAUGCUGGAGCUGGGGUCCAACCGCAUCCGGGCAAUUGAAAAUAUUGACGCGUUAACCAACCUGGAGAGUUUGUUUUUGGGGAAAAACAAGAUAACUAAGCUGCAGAACCUGGACGCGCUCACCAACCUGACCGUCCUCAGCAUGCAGGUACUGACCGUCCUCAGCAUGCAGGUACUGACCGCCCUACGCCCCGCCCCGCCGCCCCCAGGUACUGACGGUCCUCAGCAUGCAGGGCAACCGGCUGACCAAGAUCGAGGGCCUGCAGAGCCUGGUGAACCUGCGGGAGCUCUAUCUCAGCCACAACGGCAUCGAGGUCAUCGAGGGCCUGGACAACAACGUAAGCCCGCCGGCCACCUGUGGGGCAGUGGGGUCGUGGGGUGCCCGACGGGCAGGCAGCACACACCGGCCUCCGGGUGGCUCUCGAGGGGACUCGCUGCCUCUGGAGGUCUGUCCUAGAGACCUUUCCAUCCCUCCUCAUGCUGGGAAACAGACGCAGGCGGUCUCUGCUCAGCCCUGAGCGGGCACUGAGCUGAGCUGUGUGUCGCGGGGGUGGAUUCACUGCAUGGCCCUGUAGGCGUUGGGGAAGAUUUUUAAAAAGUAAACCCCGGGGGCUUCCCUGGCCGUCCAGUGGUUAGGACUCUGCGCUUCCGAUGUAGGGGGCGCAGGUUCGAUCCCUGAUCGGGGAACUAAGAUCCCACAUGCUGCGGGGCACGGCCAAAAAAAAAUUAAAGUUAAGAAAAAAGUAAACCCCAGCUGCUCCUAGGUGUCCCUGUCCCACGGAGGGCUAGUGGGCGUCAGCAGCCCACCCUCUCUUCCCGCUCCCGGCCACCCACUUCCCAGCCCGCGGGGCCAGCAGCGGCUCCCGGCCCGGAUCCUGCAGUCUCGCUCCCUCCCACCCGCCCGUCAGCAGCCCUGCCCGCCCAGCACAGGACAGCCUUAGGGGCGCUGGGCAGGGAGGGUUAGCGCUGGCCCUGAGCCCCCAGGAAGCCCCUGCGCCCCUGAGCUGCCUGCAGGCAAACCUGCUUUUCCUCAGUGCAGUAUUCAAGACAAAUAAAAUACUUUUACUCAUUCAA